AGUUUUGGCUCCAAUCCGCUCAAAUUUUGUUAUCCCGUAGAUUGUGCCAUGCCAAUUGAGAAAGGACCAGCAAGGAAUGGGGACCUUCCGGUACUGUUAGAGGGUGAGGAGAUUCGAUUGUCAGAGCCCCGAACCAGGCUCUACACAAGGCAGCAUCUUGAAGGUGAAGGCGUGCUCCAUCUGACCACAAAACGUCUAGUCUGGCUGGGUGGUCCUGGUUGUGCGAUUGACUAUCCAUUCAUCACGAUGCAUGCUGUCUCAAGGGACAAAAAUGCCUGGCCCGAUCCUUGCUUGUAUUGCCAACUUCGGGAAGAAGAAGAUGAGAAUGAUGAGGAGGAAGUAUCAGUGCCAGAGCUCAGAUUCGUACCAGCCGAACCGUCACAUUUGCAAGAGAUGUUCAAGGUCUUCUCGGAAAUGUCUGCGUUGAACCCGGAUCCCUAUGAUGAGCAAGCAGAUGACAGUGAAUCGGAGGGUGACUUUGAGGAUGUUUUAGGUGGAAAUUUACAGCCUCAGGUUGAGCUGGGAGUCAUGUGGAAUGCUGAUGCGAAUGAUGCAGCAAUGGAGGACGCUGAUGAGGAUGACGACGAUGAUGCGCAAAUGUAGAAGCUUGUAGGGAGAGCUGGCUUCUCAUAGACAUGCUAGCACAGUUUGUGAAGCUCCCGUGAGAGUGUGCUGGCUUUCGGUUGAGUCGUGAAGUGAGCACCCAAGUACAGAGGCGUGCUUGCAUAUUCUGAACAGAGGCACCAGGUCAGACUUUGUGGCAGCAAGAGCUGCAAGUUUCACUCUGCUGGGUUGUUGAAAGCCAGCCAAUUACGGAGACAUGUCCAAAGC